AUGGAGUCCGCGGGAGAGGCGCUCUCACGUACAACAUCUUCUGCGUCAGAAUCGAGCUCCGAACCUGAGUACAGGCCGAAAAAGGCUAAGGCUAGCCCUGCUAAAGGCACUGGAGACAGUCCUCAGGUAUGCCGCCGCAGUACUCGAGUCACUAGGCGACCUUCCUUCUUCAAGGUCGUACAUGAGACUCGCGCCGACCGCGACAUGAUGGCUGCCAUAAAGCGGAGCAGAAUUGAGACUCAUGGGUCGCACACAGAAUAUCAGUCGCUUGUUGAAGUGCCCACAAUCUACGCGACCGCCGAGGAGUUUAAGAAUCCCAUCACGCUUUGGACCAAGUACUCCCACUUGGGGGAUAAAUACGGCGCGGUAAAGAUUAUUCCCGUCGCCGGGUGGCGUGGUACAUGUCCUCUGGAUACGGGCAGUAUGAAGUUCAAGGUUCGUGAGCAGCGCCUUGAGAAUCUGGGCAACGGAAAGGGGUUUUCUCAUCCCAACUACGACUGGGAUUGUGAGAGAAUGAAGGCUGAGGACCUGGCCCUGAAACUUGAUCUGUUCGGUUGCGAGGAUCCCACUGUAAAAGAAGUCGAGGCUAUGUACUGGGGCUUGGUGAAGAAAGGAAGCGGCCAAUUGGUGGUGAAAUAUGCCGCCGAUCUGAACGUGUAUUCGCCAGAAUUUGAAGAUUCGCUGAUCGACGUCACCGGUACGGCCGCCGAGACCGACGUCUGGAACAUGCGCAACUUGUCUAAGUGCCCCGGUUCUCUGCUGCGUUAUUGUGACCAAGUCAUUCCAGGUGUAAACAGCCCGUGGUUUUAUAUAGGAAUGUGUCUGACCUCGUUUUGUUGGCACACGGAAGACAACUACUUCGGCGCCGUGAACUACCACCACUGGGGUGCACCUAAGGUUUGGUACGUCGUCCCUGCUCGCAAGACUAGCCGUUUGGAAAAGCUGCUGAAGAACUAUUCGGCCCACGAAAGCGAGGAGUUCGCCCUCUACAGCCUGCGUAUCCAGGUCCCGCCUGACGUCCUCAUAGCAAACGAGAUCCCGGUGUACCGCAUCGUACAGCAAGAGAAUGAGAUUGUUUUUGUCUGGCCGAGGGCAUACCACAGCGGGUUUAAUACGGGUUUCAACGGCAACGAGGCGUGCAACAUCGCUCCUGUGAGCUGGCUGCCGAUUGGCUACAAAUCCUAUAUCGACUACAAGUUCAGAAGGAAGACCUGCAUAUCGUUUUACUCGUUGGUGAUGAGCGGCGUCUGCAACUACCGUGACUUCGGCGCCAUGGACCUAGCACGCAUGAUCCAUUCCCUUGCGGAGUUGAUAUGCCAGGAAUUCGCCCUGCGAAGUUGCGUCCCGUACCCCCAGGUACAGAUGUAUCUGCAUCUCGAUUCCCCUGACGCCUUCGACGUGCAGAAGUUUAUGAACGAGGCAUGUCUACAGGGUAAGAUGCGGGCUAAACCUUCCUGUUACACUUUGGUGUAG